AUGGCGCAUGCAUGCAGGAACACAAAUUACAGGACUUGCUGGAGUUGGAUGCCCACCAUCGUCAUUGAUGGCUUGACGAUUCGUCUUGCCUCAGAGCUGCAGAAUACAUUCAACCCGAGUUAUGCCUUUGGAUGCAGGGAGCACGGCAGCUCGCUGGCACUGCAGGAGUCGUCGAGCGGUCAUCUGCUGUUGCCCUUCGAUGCGGAGGGAAAUGUCAUUGUCACGCCAGGCAGCCACUACCGACUUGUUCUUGUGAAGGAGCAGAAGACUGUCCAGGAGACCUCCGACAGUCCGCUCCCGCAGCAACACCGACGGCAGCAGGAUUCAAAGCAGCAGCCAAAAGAAGUGCAGGCAGCAGCAGCAGCAAUAGGGCCAAAAACAAAAACAACGGUAGGGAAUGGCAAGCAUGCUGAGGAGAACGGCAAGGCGGAAGAGGCGGCGGGAGAGUCCCACGCUGACGCGGCAAAGAAACGGCAAGGGCGGAAGCGCAAGAACGAGGCCCCGGCAGAGGCGGAGGUUCCGACUGCCGCGCCGCAGCCGAAGGAGGACAGGAAAGAAGCCCCGCGGGAUGAUAAGAGCGACAAAAGCGAUGAUGUCCCGCUUUACCGCACAUUUGGCAACAAUCAAACUUUUGACGUCGCUGCGACCACAGUCCCCCCUGCAGUUGCUGCGCAUCGGAACGGCUCGCCGACAUCGUCCCGCGAUGUCGUUUACAAGUCGCCGAAGGGACAUGCAGCCACGGCGGCCUCCUCCAUUCCUGAUCAGUCCGAUGAUGACAAUGUCCCACUGUCGACGUCUUACGCAAAGAAAAAAAGAAGGCAGGAGAAGCAGGCUCCUGCACCCGAUGCAGCCACUGUGCCCCUCACUGGUGUAGAGAAGCCGCUGAGUCGUCGGCAGACCAAACCGCCCCGUAGAGCUCCCGUGGCGACACCCAGUACGAGUGAAUCGGAUUGA